CUAAAGCUGUGGUUGUGAUACAGUUGUGAAGAAAACGUUCUGUGAUUAAUUUCCAAAUUAACUGGAUUUGAUCUCAUUAAGCGGCUAUCAUCGUCAUAAAACAUACAUCAGAAAAACAUGUCUCUCUUAGAGCAAGUAAAGUUACUCCAUGACGCUGGACUUCAUUCAAACGUCAAACUAGUGGUUAAUUUGGUUCUUUCUGCAAGUGAACACAAUCAAGAUCUCCUAACCAUGGCCCAGAAAUAUCAGUUACAAGUAUGGUAUGGUGAUGCUUUAUUUGAAGAAGAAGAGUAUAGGAAGGCAGAGACAGUGUACAGAAGAGCACUUCAAAUGAAGAAAGUUUUAACUAAAAGUAAGAUUCGUGGAGGACCAGACCUGGAUUUACCACAGGUUGUUGAUGUGAAGUAUAGAAUUCAUCAAUGUCAUUGCCAUUUAAAGGAGUUCCCGGAAGCAGUUGCUGUGCUUGAAACUAUUCUAUGUAAACAAAGAACACCAAAGGUGAAUAUGGCUUUAGCAAAACUCUACCAGAAAGUGGGACUUGAGAGAUCUGCUAUUACUCUCUUCAGGGAAGUGUUAAA